GAAAAAAGGGGCUCGGUGGCCCUAGAAGCUAGUGAAUCGCUGGUUGUAGGAAAGGAGAGUAGCUGCAAAAACUGUUAUAUAUGUGCCUCCCUCGCCCACCCUCAUUCUAUUCUAUUCAAUUCUAUUUCCCACCGUACCCUUCUUCAACAACCAACACAACUCUCUCUCUCUCUCUCUCUCUCUCUCUCUUUCUUCACAUCAAUCAAACAUAGCAUAGCAUCUAUUAACUCUAUUUCACUGUGAGUGUGACAAAUAAAACUAGAGUAUCUAUAAUAUUUCAUUAGUAGUUAGUGCAUGAUUCACUACAAUGGCUUCAGCUUGCAUCAACAACAACAUCUCAAUGUCACCUGAAACCUUUUUCCCAUGGGGAGAUCCUGAACCUGACUUCGAGUUCCGUCUUCAAGAUCCCGUUAACAUGCUCCCCGCCGAUCAACUCUUCUCCGACGGUAAACUCGUCCCUCUCCACUUCAAACCAUCUUCUUCCUCUUCAACCACCACUUCCCCCAAAAAAAUCACCACCUCCAUAACCACCACAGACCCCAUUCUCUUCUCUCCUAAAGCACCUCGUUGCUCUAGCCGCUGGAAAGACUUACUUGGUCUCAAGAAACUGUACAACAACUCCACAAACACAUCCACAACAACUAAGACCAUGUCUUCUUCGAACAACAAAUCAUUCAAACACCUUCUUAACAGGAGCUGUAAAACAACGUCUUCAGAAAACGGUUCUCUGAAUCUUCCAUUGUUGAAAGACACUGAAAAUGAAUCACUCUCGAUCUCAUCUCGUUUAUCACUUUCUUCUUCCUCUUCAAGCCACGACCACGACGAUCUCCCACGUCUUUCACUUGAUUCAGACAAACCAAACCCGAUUUCAAUCCACCGUAACCCGAAUCAAAACCCGAACCAGAAUCCAAAUCCAAGGAUCCGUUUAGUCAAACCUAAAUCAGGCUCAUUCGACGGAAACAACAACAAACCGGAUCACAAUCGGGCCGGGAGAAGUCCGAUCCGGAUGGAGUCAUCAUCCACUACGCAAGGGUGCAGGGGAGUUUCAGUGGAUAGCCCUAGAUUAAACUCAUCAGGGAAGAUAGUGUUUCAAAGCUUAGAAAGAAGUUCGAGUAGUCCUGGUAGUUUUACUGGUGGGCCCAGGUUUAAGCAUCGUGGUAUGGAACGGUCUUAUUCCGCUAAUGUCCGGGUUACUCCGGUUCUUAAUGUUCCGGUUUGUUCUUUACGAGGCAGUUCGAAAUCCGGUUCGGUUUUUGGGUUCGGUCAGCUUUUUUCUUCACCGCAGAAGAGAGAUUCUACAGUUGGUGGUGGUAAUAGCAAUGGCAAUGGCAAUGGAAAAAGUCAUCAUCAUCAAUACAGUGUUAAACAUCAUCAACAACAUAAACACACUUAGCCAGUGUUUGGUAACACUUAAUUCUUAAUUAGGAUGUUUUGUUUUUUUAAUUUGUUUUUACCCCUUUUUUUUUUUGUUAAGGUUAAUCUCUGUUCAUGAAGUAUGAUUUUGGAAUGAAAAAAAAUAUUGCAAGAGGAAGGAGAUUGCUAAUUUUUGAGGGGUUGGUUACUUACUUAAUCUGCUUUUUCAAUUAACAGGUUUUAGAUUUAGAUUAGAUUGAUUAAUGUAAAUAACCUUUAUGAGGUUUUGUUGUUGAUUAUGUUUACAUUAAUGAUGAUUAAUUAGCGUUAGUUCUUGUUGCUUCUAACUCAGUGAAGUUUUUCAGUGCAAUUUUUGCUGUUUGUAAACACAUGGGAAUGGAAUAGGAAUCUCCACUUUUUUAA